AUGCUCUCUCGCCCACGGUAUGAACCGCUUCUAGCAGACGACGAGCCUAACUCUGUCGAGAUGGUGAGGAAUCACCACGAUGGUUAUCACUCCUGGACAAUCGUCUAUUGGGCUUUUGCCGCAUGCGCACUGUGCAUUGCCUCCAACGUACUUGUCUAUGACCUAGUCUCAAGCCAGGUUCGUUCUACGGCGGUACAGGAGCUGGAGUUCGCAAGCUCCUACGUCGGUCUGGACACGGCUGUUCGUGUACCGCAUGGUCCGGCUCUCCCUGCGGUCACCAACUUCCCGAUUGCAUCUCGCAGCGUGGAUCCAAUCACAGGAACGGUAGCUACAGUCCACUCGUACCCUCACCAUUCGUCAUUCGGUUCAUUCUAUCCCGAAGAGCAUCGAAUCUUUUCAACCUACUCGCCGCGAAUGAUCACACUUCUGCGCUUCUGGUCCGGAGACUUUGGCAUGGAAAGAUGUACAUUGCGGAUCUACCUUCCAGACACGAUGGGUGCGCUUACUGCUCCCACCGCCGCGUCCUUGCACGUGGCUCUGCAUCGCGUGGAAAUCUCGCGAUCUCUACCAACCUGGCCUGCUUUCUCGUCAUCCGAGGCUUGGAAGGAGAACAACCUGAAAGCGGGAUGGAACUUAGACUUGAAAGUCAACGAAUCCGUGGAUACGACCGAGUUUUCGUGUUCAUCCAGUUCUUAUCAGACCUUCGCUUUGGAGUGCCUCUCGCGCGAUUGCGCGAUAGACUUCAAGCAGACCGCGGAAGCCGGAACUCCUGGCAUAUGGCUAAUUCAGGCGUCUCCUUUGUAA